CAAGAUGAUGAUCUUGAUUAUUGAUAAGAUGUUGUUACUAACUCAUUUUUGAUAUUGACUAGUGAAGAGAUGUAAAAUACAUAUAUUAAUUUCUCCAUAAUCAAUAUUUAAAAAUGGUGAUAUAAUAUCCUUCCCAACCAUAUCUCUAUAUCUAUAUAUACAUACCUUUAGACCAUGCAACCUAGCUAUAUACUAUAAAUUUCUCUUUCUCACUCACUCUCUCUAUACCAAUUAUUAGAAAAAAAUGAGUCCAAAUAAACUUGCAUACAUGGUAGUGGUGUUAGGUUUGGCACUUUUUGUUGAGCUUGGAAGUUCAGAUUUCGAGCAGGAUAAGGCGGAGUGUACUGACAAAUUGGUAGGGUUAGCCACGUGUCUGCCGUUCGUUAGCGGCGAAUCGAAGAAUCCAACGCCGGAUUGUUGUGUUGGGUUCAAGCAAGUGGUGGAUAAGAACGGAAAAUGUCUCUGUGUUCUCAUAAGGAAUAGGGAUAACCCUAGCCUUGGCCUCAAGGUCAACACCACUCUUGCUUUGCAACUACCUUCCGAUUGCCAUGCACCCUUUAAUGUCACUAAAUGUAUUGAUCUUCUCCACUUGAAAGCUGACUCUAAAGAGGCUAAGGAGUUUGAGGGAUUUGCAAAGGACCUUGCUAAUGGCAACAAGACCACCUCUUCUCCUCCAUCCCCUGGGAAUUCUACAGGUGGAGGAAAAAGUGCUAGUGCUUCAAUGAAGGACAGCAGUGGAAGUAGAAAGAGUUGGCAAGGGAUACAAAUGGUUUUUUUGACUUUGCUAUGGUUUCUACUUCCUAUGCUACUCUUUUCUAUGUAAUAUUCUUAUAUUUGUAAUGUGUCUGUUUUAGGCAUUUAUAUAUUUAUAUUUCAAAUCAAUAAAUGAAUUUGAUUAAGGGAAUUUACU